AACAAAGUGGCCGACAACUCAGAGAAGCCCAAACAGGGAUUCUGGGAAGAGUUUGAGGUGCUACAGCAGCAGGAGUGUAAGCUCCUCUACCCUAGGAAAGAAGGGCAGAGAGCAGAGAACAAGAGUAAAAACAGAUACAAGAACAUCCUCCCUUUUGACACCACACGGGUGGAGAUCAGGGAAGCAGAUACAGACGUGCCUGGCUCCAACUACAUCAACGCCAACUACAUCAGAAGUAUGCAUGAAGAGGGCCGCCACGUGGAGGAGGGCAAGGUGUUCAUCGCCACCCAGGGCUGCCUUCAGAACACCGUGGUCGACUUCUGGAAGAUGGUCUACCAGGAAAAAACACACGUCAUUGUCAUGACCACCAAGGAGAUGGAGAGAGGACGGAACAAGUGUGUGCGUUACUGGCCCGACCUCAACGCCACUAAGGAGUUUGGGAAAGUGAGUGUGAAGAACGUGGAGGAGCAUCCGGCUCAGGACUACAUCCUGAGGGAACUGGAGGUGACGCGUUUGGACAGGAGGGAGCUGGUGAGGUAUAUCUGGCACUACCAAUACCUGAGCUGGCCUGACCAUGGAGUGCCCAACGAGCCUGGGGGCGUGCUCAGCUUCCUGGAGCAGGUGAACCGCACGCAGAGCGCAAUUCCAGACACCGGGCCCAUUGUGGUCCACUGCAGUGCAGGAAUCGGGAGAACAGGCACCAUAAUUGUCAUUGACAUUCUCAUUGACAUCAUCAACAGACAAGGAUUAGACUGUGAUAUCGACAUCCCUAAGACCAUCCAGAGGGUCCGUCAGCAGCGGUCAGGCAUGGUGCAGACGGAGGCCCAGUAUAAGUUCAUCUACAUGGCCGUCCAGCAGUACAUUGACACGGCACAGAAGAGACUGGAGGAGGAGCAGAGGAACAAAACGAAGGAGAGGGAGUACUCCAAUAUCAAAUACCCCCAGAUGACCAAUGCCCGGUCAAAACCCAACAUGACAUGUGUGUCACGCUCCUCCUCUGUGGUGACGAACGACAACCCGUCUGGCGUGUAUGAGAACUUAAACAUCAAGAACCCAAAGACCUUUGGGAGCAGCAGUAACACCAGGAAGUAAAGUCCAGCCACGGACCUCUGCCUCUCUCAACCUCUCUUUUCAGCAGAGGUGCCGCUUCGCCAGUGCCUGAUUAAUGGGGGGCCUGUGGAGCUCUGGCCCCCGAACCCCCUGGCGGUGGACCCUACCUGGGGUGAAGGUGGAGGUGCUGACCCCUCCUAGUCUCCCCCCUUCUGCUGCCCUGCUGGCUGUCUGGAGCCUUCCCCUUCCACGGAGAGAGGGGUGUAGCGCAGGGCUCUUGUCCUUCUAUUUCCACCCCCACCCCUCUCUCUCUCUAUGACCUCUGCAUGACUUCAUGUCUCUUCUACAGGCUCUACUGUUUACUGACAGUGCCUUGUCAACAGACGUGUCUGUAACCCCCCUUCCUCCUCCCACAGUUGUUCCACACCACCCAACCCACCCAUCCAUCAACCAUCCCACCACCCCAACCCAACCCACCCAUCCAUCAACCAUCCCACCACCCAACCCACCCAUCCAUCAACCAUCCCACCAACCCAACAAAUGUCCUUUGCUUAUUUCUGUUGACUCUAACUAAAUUGACAAAAGAAACAAACAAUUGUGUACUCUUGUGCGAUAUACAUUUUUAAGUGAUGCUUUGCUCCGUCGUGUUCCGUCGUGGGGUGGAUGGGACAAGAAAGGAUGAAGCUAAGCCAUUUCUCUUCUCACUCUCAGAAUUCUCUCUCUCUCUCUCUCUCUCUCUCUCUCUCUCUCUCUCUCUCUCUCUCUCUGCUGGCUCUCAUCAAAUAGAACCAAAGACUUUAGCAAUGUUCUAUUCUUGCUAGCAGCAGUCAUUACUGCAGUGUUGAGCGAUUUGUACCACGUGAGGCACUGGCACGGACAAGCUAACUCCUUACUCAACCCUCACCCAUACCUUUAUGAAAACCCUUCAUUUUGAAAGUCAAGAGGAAAGUCAGGGUGUUCGCAAUGGCCCUUUGUCAGUUGGGAGCUGAUUUCAGAGUUGGGGUGGAAAAGUGGACAUUUUCCAUUUUUGUACAGGGAAGUAUUUCUUCAAUAUAGUUUGAGAAGUACUUGUUUAUCCCACCUGUUCCACCGAUGGUCUCUUGUGCCAAUAGAAGACGUGCAUGCUCAUCUACUGUAGUGAUUCUACCAUUACAGUUGCUGAGAGCCUAUUCAAUCAAAGAUAACAAGCUCCUCUUCGGACUUACUCAAGCAAUUUAGUUUGAAUCUGUGUCCUUUCAUUUGAUUGUUGUUUAUUUUAUUGUUAUUAUUGGUGUGAUUUUGUAAUGCACAGGACAUGUUUUUUUAUGUUUUUGUUUAUUGGGGAAAAUGAAAAAGCAGUGCGGUAUUGCCUCCGAAGGAAGAAAGAUCCAAUUCCAUUGUUAUGAAUCGUCAAAAAAGCAAGAUUUUCUGCCCUGCACUUGCUCUGCAGAUCCUGGUUUAUAUGCGGGAAAUGAACAUAGUUUGAGGUCAACGUUGGCCUCAGCGAAAGUCUGCAAAGGUUUUCAUCCUAAUCUAAUGGCAUAACGAACAGGGUUAAACAUCUGCCAAGCGAGAGAGAGGAGAGGAUAGCAGAAGAUGGGACAGGAUAGGAGAGAAGUCAGAAUGCUAGCCAGGCUCACUGAUGUGGGCUGCCAUCGCUGAAGUCUUUAGCCAAACAUUGCUGGGCCAGAUGGCCUAUAGCCCAAGAUUAAAGAAUAGUCUCCAAAAAGCAAUCUACAAGAUGGCUAUAAUCCAGGCUUGACGAUGGUGGGAGUGAAAACCGACGUCAGCGAUGAUGUCAUAAGGAGGGAGACGCCGCACAGCAAAGAGCCUUCUGUAAUAUAUUUUUAAAUAUACAUGUACAUAAUGGGCAGUGGCUUCUUUCUAACUAUUCUUAUCAUUUUGCAUAAAAAUCUAAUGUUGAAGAUGUUCACACCUGUAGCCCAGUUGGUAGAGCAUGGCGCUUGCAACGCCAGGGUUCUGGGUUCGUUUCCCACGGGGGGCCAGUGUGAAAAAAAUAUAUGAUGCACUCACUAACUGUGUGUGUAGGGCUGUACUUGUACAUGGUGUUCAGGUCUUUUUAAUUAGGGCUUGGCAGCACAUCUGAGGGACACAUUUGCUACAUCGUCCCCUGCUCGGCCUGACACCAACUCAGUAACUUUCAGUAAUGCUGAAAAAAGGAAUGUUCAUUAUUUCCUUUUUAGCUGAAGUUUCAGUAUUUCAGAAAGCACAGCUAAAUCAGUCCUAAUAGGAUACGUCAUUCGUUGCAAUUUGGUUGUUGAUAUUAUAUUCAUGCUACAUUGAGCUCCAAAAGUAUUGGGACAGUGACACAUUUGAUGUUGUUUUGGCUCUGUACUCCAGCACUUCUUACCAUGA